AUGACAGCCCAAGAGAUCCCAGAAGGGUUCCUUCGGGGCCCACCGCCAAACGCAACCCUGCACAAGCUCGACUUCGAGCACACAACCCCACCCAUCCCCUCUUACAAAGGAUACUUCGCUGCAGUCGUGGACGACUUCAUGACAGAAGCCGAAUGCAAGGAACUGCUCCGCUUAGCAGAAGAACAAACAAGAACGCAGUCCUCGGACUCAACGCUCUCGCCCCCAACGUGGGAGCGCGCGAAGGUCAAUGCCGGCAACGGCAAAGAAGUCAUGUCCACUAUCACGCGAAACAGCGGGCGGAUUAUAUUGGACUCGACCGAUAUUGCGGGCAGAAUACUAGAUCGACUCAUGCCUUUUAUGCGCGAGUGUGGGAUCGACCGCAUGCAGAAUAAACCUCUGGUGACGGGUCUUGGGCCUGCAAAACGAGGCGAGAUCUUUCGUCUCAGCCGGUUGAAUGAGCGCAUGCGAUUCUUGCGUUAUGAGAAUGGUGAUUAUUUCCGGCCUCAUUGGGAUGGGUGUUAUGUUACCCCUGAUCAGGAGGAGAAGUCGCUUUAUACUGUUCAUUUGUACUUGAAUGGAGAUGGGGAGCAGAAUAUGGAGGAAUUGGAGCCACAUAUCCAAGAGGCUGAGAAUGAUAAUUGGUGGUUUUCAAAGUGGGGAGAUGUUGAUUUUGGUAAACUGGGGUCUGAGAAGAGUCGUCGUGUUUCUCCCAAAGAGCCUUCGGAGAAGGAUGAGACUCUACUUGGAGGCGCAACCUCAUUCAUGGCCGAUAUGGACUCCAGAGAUCCCGUUCGCAUCUUUCCGAAGACGGGGUCGAUUCUUAUCUUUCAGCAAAGAAAUCUGUUUCAUGGCGGAGAUGAUGUGUUCCGAGGUGUUAAGUACACUGUACGGACGGAUGUGAUGUUUGCUAAAGAAUAA